UUCAAAUAUAAAAUAGCAACAUUUUCUUGUCGCUUCGAGAAUAAAGUGUGGUUGAUUUAUUUGUUGAAAAAAUUACAAAUUUUGUUAGAAAUGUCGACAUUAGCAGCCCCUUUAUCAGUUGCUGGAACGAGACAUUCCGGAGCUCCAGUACGAACCCAAAAUGUUAUGGCAGCAGCAGCUAUUGCUAACAUAGUAAAAAGCUCUCUUGGUCCAGUUGGAUUGGAUAAAAUGCUUGUGGACGACAUUGGCGAUGUGACAGUUACUAAUGAUGGUGCCACUAUUCUUAAGAUGUUAGAAGUGGAACACCCUGCCGCUAGAGUAUUAGUAGAGUUAGCACAGUUGCAAGAUGAAGAAGUAGGAGAUGGUACCACUUCUGUUGUUAUUAUUGCUGCUGAAUUACUAAAGAAUGCAGAUGAACUUGUAAAAAACAAGAUUCAUCCCACAAGCAUAAUCUCUGGCUACCGUCUGGCUUGCAAAGAAGCAGUGAAGUACAUUCAGGAUAACCUCACAGUGACUGUUGAGUCACUUGGCCGGCCAUCUCUCAUUAAUGCAGCCAAAACUACAAUGUCUUCAAAGCUAAUUGGAGCUGACGCAGAUUUCUUCUCCGAAAUCGUAGUUGAUGCUGCUCAAGCUGUCAAGACCCUCGACCCUAAAGGAAACCCCAUGUAUCCAAUCAAAGCUGUUAAUAUCCUAAAGGCUCAUGGGCGAAGUGCCCGGGAGAGUGUCCUUGUUAAAGGAUAUGCUCUUAAUUGCACUGUAGCCUCCCAAGCCAUGCCCAAGAAGAUUUUGAAUGCUAAAAUUGCCUGUUUGGACUUCUCACUGCAGAAAACUAAGAUGAAAAUGGGUGUUCAGGUGCUUGUAUCGGACCCAGAAAAACUGGAAGCUAUCCGAGCUCGUGAACUAGAUAUCACCAAGGAACGUCUCCAAAAAAUACUGUCUACUGGAGUAAAUGUCAUACUUUGCAGCGGUGGUAUUGAUGACCUCUGCCUCAAGUAUUUCGUUGAAGCUGGAGCAAUGGGAGUUAGAAGAUGCAAGAAGGCGGAUCUUAAGAGGAUCGCUAAAGCUACCGGAGCCGCUUAUUUGACUUCGCUGACGAACAUGGAUGGUGAGGAAGUAUUCGACGCCAGUAUGAUCGGCGAAGCUGCGGAAGUUAUUCAGGAACAGAUUUGUGAUGAUCAACUCAUCUUAAUUAAGGGACCCGUAGCUCGUACAGCAGCUUCAAUAAUCCUCCGUGGACCAACUGACGCUUACUGUGACGAGAUGGAGCGUUCCGCCCACGACGCGUUAUGUGCGGUUAGACGUGUGUUGGAAUCUGGAAAACUUGUACCCGGUGGCGGAGCGGUAGAGGCAGCCCUGUCCAUAUAUUUGGAUAACUUUGCUACAACCCUGAGUUCUCGCGAACAAUUAGCGAUAGCUGCGUUUGCGCAAUCCUUGCUGGUAAUACCGAAAACGUUAGCAGUGAAUGCGGCGCGGGACGCCACAGAUCUUGUUGCUAAACUACGGGCCUAUCACAACUCCUCACAGACUAAGGUGGAACAUGCAAACCUAAAAUGGGUGGGUCUUGAUCUCACUGAAGGCGUUUUACGUGAUAACUUAGCGGCUGGAGUCCUCGAACCGGCGAUAUCAAAAAUAAAAUCCCUAAAAUUCGCCACAGAGGCAGCGAUAACCAUUUUACGUAUUGAUGACAUGAUUAAAUUGGACCCAGAACAGAAAGGAAAGUCGUACGAAGAUGCGUGCAACGCCGGCGAAUUAGACUAGAUUAAAUAAUUAAAAUAAUGUGUUAGUCGGGAUAUAGGAUCGUAUUCCAUUCACAAAAAUAUGCUUUAUAAUCAUCAAUAUCAUCUUAUAAUAUAAACUAUUGUAAGUAAACAAAAUUAUUUAAUUCUCUUAAAGAAAGUCAGGCAGUGGUACAAAUUAUGGUCAAAAAUAGUCUAUUGGUUAUUUCAAUUCAUAUGAGUAGCUUAAAUAGGAUACUUACUAAGAUAUUGUUCUUGGUCUUGGAAUACAGAUCCUGAGUUUUGACUUAAACUAUUUUAUUAAAUUUGUACGAGUCAGUACUGCAUUGCAUUUUUACAGAGAAUAAUUUUGUGUUGCUAUUUUAUGCUCAUAUACCAAAUUAAAUUAAUAAUUUGUGGUUUCCAGUGAAUUUAUUGUUUAAAUAUUAUGAACAUGUUUCAUAUAACAAACUGAAGUAUUAUUCACUUUCUUAUGUUAUCUUCACAAUAUAAGGUAGGCUAUUUUUGGAAGCCUAUUUCACAAGGUGAUAGAACCAAUAUAUUAUUGGUUUACGCUAAACCCGAUAUUUGGGAAAUUUUGUACGUUCUGGAAUAUUUUGUAAACCAUUUAUUGUGUCUUACCUUAUUACAUAACUGGUAUCUUUAUUAUUAUCUUAAUAUACUAAAAACUUAAUAUUUAAUUCCCGAAUAUUGCUUAUAACAUUAGUUUAAACUUCUUUAGUUCGCUAGGGCCUAUUUCUGGCAGUAAUAAAAUAAAUUACUAUU